CAAGGAAAUAAAGAGCUUUUUCAUCUACUAUACAUAUCACGCAGAACCGUAUUCAUAACUAUGUGUGGUUCCCUUUCCCGACGAAAUUUCAACUUGAAAACUCAGCUGUUGUUUAUUAUCAUAACAUGCCCCCUACUUCUGUAACAAGGUGAUCAGUUCGGCAGCAUUCAUCGGGUAGAUUAAUAUGGAUGUAAACAUAGUGAAGCGCGGCAAAACUAGAAAGAGAAAACGACAUUCAAAGGUCAAACGUCGUGAGCAGGCUCGACUAGAGGUUAGAUUUGCAAAGCGUCGAAGACUCGUGCCUGAACGAAGUAUUUCCGAUGGAACUGUUUCAAAGCCAAAGGAAAAACUGAACAACAUCAUGGAGGCGCACUCGUUUUGGGAAAACUAUGAGGCUGCCCACCUAUGGCAAAGAAGACACAGUGUGGAAUGGUGGAAGUCCCGAUGCAUUGCAUUAGAACAGGAGAAUGCUAUUUUGCGUGACAAAAUAAGAGAACUAGCUUCUACUGGUGGUAGUCGAGGACCUGGUAAUCUGUGGAUGAAGCAGAAUGAGAACAGCGAGUAUCGCAAUGCCAGCUUUGACAAAGAAGACAAUGAUUACAAAGAUGAAGAAAGGAACUCUGAUGAUGAAAAUCUUGAAUUUCAAGUCAAUGAAGAAAUGAUGAAGUUCUUUGAGCAAAGUAUUAGGCAUAAGAUGGAAAUGAAAGAAAAACGAGAUACGGAAACUGCCAAUGAAAGAGCUGCACUGCAAGAGCAAAUCCCGAUCGAGGGGGGAGCUGCAUGGAUGGAAGCUAAGACCGAGGCAGCUAAAUUACUCUAUGGAGUUGCUAGUCCCAGAAUUUUAGCCAUGGAAACUGCACUUCAAGCAACCAUGGAUAGGUACAAGGACAGAGCUAAACCUCAGUAUUGGCCGAAUAUUCCCUUGAAUUUGUGAAGGUUAUCACGUUUUUAUGCAGUUUGAAUGAAAAAAUAUCUUCUUAGAGAUGACAAUGUGUAAAUUGUUGUUUUAAUGAACUUACAUAUGACGCUUGAUAAUGGCAGGCCAUUUACUCAGUUGUACAUAGAAUAGCUGUAAUUACCGCUACGCCUCAUAAUUUUAAUUUGAGUGGUCCAUAAGUUGAAUUAAUGUAGUUACUUAUUGUAUUAGCUAUUUUUCUACUCUUGAUUAGGUAUUCACGAAAUAAUGUGUUAACAUCGUGAGAAUUAUUCGAACUCUAAUUACGAAAUUCAUAAAAGACGAUUUCUACACUUGUAUUCAGUACUCGACAUUUUCCGCUUACCAUGAUUAAUGAUGAUUUUGAGGUAUACGUUACCUAAGCAUUUGAGAUAAAUGCGAAACAACUUCUGAACAAUUUUCUGAAUUAUCAUAUCCUGGAGUAAUAAGAUUUAUAUUUUCUGUGUUCGUACCUUUCAUACGAAUUGGAUUUAGCUAUACACUUUCUAAUAACAAGAAAGUAAUUUACCAAAAAUCAUCUUUGGUUUUUAGAGUUUUCAAAACCGGCCAAUUAAUUGCGUAAUGUGAACGAUAUCCUGUUCGAUGUGCUAAUCAACUACACGAAAUACAUUUGAUAGAUUGAUAUUCAAA